AUGGACUGCCGUAACUAUAACUCCAAUCUCGAAGAGUUCAAUUCACUCGGCAUCAAACCCGAUUCUGCAGCUGCAGCAGCAUCCGUUUAUCAUUCAACAAAUAAGCCUAUGGAUCCUAUCAACUACUAUCGUGCCACAACCCAAGACCCACGCACAUUGCUUUCUGGUCCCCAUCAACAAGAACAACCACCCAUGAUCCCACCUUCCCCGGCAACACCAGUAACAGCCCCCAAUGCUGCUGGUGCUGCUGGUGCCGGAGAUAACCCUGCAGCCAAUUUCCUUGAUCACUCGCUUGCAACAGGUUUUGGUGCAUACAACCAACAUCAUCCAUCACCAUUUUCUCCUCAUCAGUUCGAUUCAUACACAACGACCUCUCAUACGAGUGCAACAAUGUCUCCAUUCCAGGAUCACCGUCAUCAUCGUCAAGAUAUAGUGGAUUAUGCCUCAUCUUCACAAAGCUUUCAUACACCACCCAUUAUGCCAUACAGCCCUCAUCAUCAUCAUCAUCCGCAUCAUCAGCAGCAGCAAACGGCUUCCCCACUUUAUCAUCCUUCACCGGGUGGUUACAAUACAUUCAAUGCUACAUCCUUUGAUCUCGAUCAAAAGAAACGUAAAAUGAUGGAUUUGUCAAUGGAAGUGCCAACCACCAUGAAAAAGAAGUCAAGGUCAAGAAAGAAACGUCCAAAAGAACCCGAGGAUCCCAAUGCACCACCGAAACCAAAGCGAAGAACAGGACUUGACAAGCCUUUAAUAUUAAGUGCAGCGCUUUCGGCAUUCGUAGGUGGUGAUGCAGAGAUGUCACGACCCGAAAUUGUCAAGGUGUUAUGGAAGUAUAUCAAAGACAACAACUUGCAAGAUCCUGCUGAUCGACGCUACAUUCUUUGUGACGAAAAGCUCAAGACUAUCUUUGAUCAAGAUCGUAUCAAUAGCUUUGGCAUGAAUCGUGAUCUUUCGGCUCACUUGACGAAAAAGACAAUCACUAGUACAUCGCCUGCACCUGCUACAGCUACUACUACUACUACAAACGAAUUGUCAACGUCUCCUACAACAAGCGAACCUCCAUCUGCAUCCACUACUUGUUCAGUGCAAACGUCAUCCACACCUCCAUCCCAUAGCAACAAUAAUCCCUUGUACAUGGAAUGA